CCACGCCCCAUCGGUGGGCGGGGUUGGGCGAAGCCCCGCCCACCCCACCCGCCGCCGGCGGUGCCGGGGCGACGGGCGCCCCUCCCCCACGUGACCGGAAGGGCCCCGGCCCCUCCCCGGUGAGGCGACCCCGCUCCCUUCCUCGCCCCUCCCCUCCCCGCCGGGAAGCGGUGACGCUGGCGCAGGGCGGGGCUUCUGCGGCACCGGAAGCGGCGCGUCCCAGUUCCCCGGUGUCCCCCUCCCCCCUUUCCCCCUCCCUUCCCCCCCCCCCCCCCCCCCUUUCCCCGCUCCCGGCGGCGGAGCCCAGCGCGCCGCGAGGGCCUGGGCGCUGGCACCGCAAAGGCCUCGAAGCGGCGGGCCCGGGCUCCCGGUGUCGGCGGCGGCUCCUGGUUCUAGCAGGUGAGAACACUAAUUUAUACCCCAGGUGAGGAUGCAGUUUGAAAAUGCCAAGGAAGCCCAAACUAAAAUCUUCUUCACUUUUGAACAAAAACAGGAAGUUCUUGGCAUAAGAGAUCACUACUAUCUCUUGAUCACCCAGAAGACACAAUGAGUGUUAAAGCUUUCAAGCUCGUUUCUGCUGUCGAGCGGGAGAUGUUAAUGGGAGACAAAAAUUACAUCAACAUCGAAUCCAUUGAGUGUUGUGGGAAGAACCUCUAUAUUGGAACCAAUGACUGCUUUAUCUAUCACUUUCUGUUGGAUGAAAAGAUAUCAACAGCUGGGAAAAUAACUUUUGCUGCCACCAAGCAACUGCAUAAAUACCUGGGCUUGAAGAAGCCUGUGAGUGAGCUGAAAGCAGCCUCUGCCCUCACCAGGCUUCUUGUGCUUUGCGACAACACGAUAACACUAGUUAACAUGAUGAACUUGGAACCUGUCCCCACUGGUGCUAGAAUCAAAGGAGCUGUGACGUUCACAUUAAAUGAAAAUCCUGUGAGCGGGGAUCCUUUCUGCGUCGAAGUCUGCAUUAUCUCGGUCAAGCGGCGGACCAUUCAAAUGUUCAUGGUGUUUGAAGACAGAGUCCAGAUAGUGAAGGAAGUGUUUACUCCAGAGCAACCCUGUGCUGUGGCCGUAGAUGGUUAUUACUUAUGUCUUGCACUUACUACACAGUAUAUAAUUUUGAACUAUAAUACCGGCGUCUCCCAGGAUCUAUUUCCUUAUUGCAGUGAUGAGAAACGGCCAAUUGUGAAAAGGAUAGGCAGACAAGAGUUUCUGUUGGCUGGCCCCGGAGGCCUAGGCAUGUUUGCAACUGUAGACGGGAUUUCACAGCGUGCCCCUGUGCACUGGUCGGAGAAUGUGAUUGGAGCAGCGCUGUGCUUUCCUUACGUGGUUGCUCUCGAUGAGGAGUUCAUUACAGUGCACAGCAUGCUGGACCAGCAGCAAAAGCAAACCCUGCCUUUUAAAGAAGGUCACAUUCUACAGGACUUUGAAGGAAAGGUGAUCGUUGCUACUAAUAAGGGUGUGUAUAUCUUGGUGCCACUACCACUGGAAAAACAGAUUCAGGAUCUUCUAGCCAGCCACAGAGUGGAAGAAGCCCUUGUUCUAGCAAAAGGAGCUCGAAGGAAUAUUCCAAAAGAGAAAUUUCAGGUAAUGUACAAACGAAUCCUGCAGCAAGCAGGUUUUAUACAGUUUGCACAGCUUCAGUUCCUUGAAGCAAAAGAACUCUUCAGAAGCGGCCAGCUUGAUGUCCGGGAGCUGAUCUCUCUCUACCCCUUCCUGUUGCCUACUUCCUCUUCAUUUAUACGGUCUCAUCCCCCUCUGCAUGAGUACGCGGACCUAAACCAGCUGACCCAAGGGGACCAGGAGAAGAUGACAAAAUGCAAAAGAUUCCUCAUGAGUUACUUGAAUGAAGUCCGCAGCACUGAGGUUGCAAAUGGCUACAAGGAGGACAUUGACACGGCUUUACUCAAGCUAUAUGCAGAGGCAAAUCAUGAAAGCCUGCUGGAUCUGCUAGUUUCGGAGAACUUUUGUCUUUUAACAGAUAGUGCUGCCUGGUUGGAAAAACACAAAAAGUAUUUUGCCCUUGGUCUCUUGUAUCACUACAAUGGUCAGGAUGCUGCAGCUCUUCAGUUAUGGGUAAAGAUAGUUGAUGGAGACAUUCAAGAUUCUACACGUUCAGAUCUCUAUGAAUAUAUAGUUGACUUCCUUACCUUCUGCUCAGACCACGAUCUAGUGUGGAAAUACUCUGAAUGGGUUUUACAAAAAAAUGAAGAGGUUGGCAUACAGAUUUUCACUAAAAGGCCUUUGGAAGAACAGGAGAAAAGCAACUUUAAUGCAGAUGAUAUCAUCGGUUGCCUUAACAAAUACCCUAAAGCACGUGUUAAAUAUCUAGAACAUCUAGUAUUGGAAAGAAAAAUAGAGAAAGAAAAGUACCAUACUCAUCUAGCUGUCUUGUACUUGGAGGCAAUACUUAAGCUAAAAUCUGUGACCGUGGAUAAUUGUACAGAAACAACUGAACUGCUGUUUAAACUACGUGGUCUUCUUCAGAAAUCUGAUCUUUAUAGAAUUCACUUUAUUUUGGACAAAAUCCAGGGCACAGACCUUCAUAUGGAAAGUGCAAUUUUAUAUGGAAAACUAGAAGAACAUGAGAAGGCUUUGCAUAUCCUUGUCCACGAGUUAAAGGACUUCCAUGCUGCUGAAGAAUACUGUAUGUGGAACUCGGAGAACAGAGAUGUGCAGUACAGGCGGAGGCUUUUCCAUCUGCUGCUGUCGGUGUAUCUAAAUCCAGGCACUUCGGACUGUGCGCUGGUCACGGCGGCUGUGGAUCUCUUGAACAACCACGCUGCUGAAUUUGAUGCAGCUCUAGUUCUGCAGGUGGUGCCUGACAGCUGGUCAGUGCAGCUCCUCUCCCCGUUUCUGGCUGGAGCAGUGAGGCAAAGCAUUCAUACGAAAAGAAUGACUCAGGCUGCACUUGGGUUAGCACAAGCUGAAAACUUAAUCUACAAACACGAGAAGGUUAAACAAAAAGGAACCCCAAUUCUUCUUUCGGACAAAAAGGUCUGCCAGGUGUGCCAAAAUCCUUUCUGUGAGCCUGUAUUUGUAAGAUACCCAAAUGGGGGUAUGGUCCACACACACUGUGCUGCAAACAGACAUCUGAAUUCAAACAUGACUCAUCACUCCUCCAGCUCCAACAAUCAGACUUGAAAUAUGUUCCAGGCCACAGAUUCUCAUGACUUGUACCCCAUUGAAAGUGGGCUGGAAAACCAAACAAAGUGCAGCUACUUUAGGUGUAAAUCAAGAUGAACCGCUAGUCUUUGGGUUAAUGGGAAGACUUCCAGUAAAUAUGAAAUAUCGCCACUUAUCUUUUUGAUUUCUAAUGAAUGUAGAUAGAAAAUUCACUACCAGAAAUGGAGAGGUGCAGUUAUAGGCUCUUCUGUAUAUAGUAAUAAACAGUUAAAGGAAAUGAGCCUUUUCUUCAGAGUAAGGAUGAAUGUUAUGGAGACAAGGCAAACAGGUAUUUUAAGAAAUGUCACUUUGCACUGAUUGUGGUGUUGAUAAAUUUGUAGAGGUGGAGAUGGCAUCUACUGGAGUUGGAAUUCUUGGAACACUGCGUGACAAGACUGGCACCAUGCAGCUUACUAUCAAGACAAAAAUAUGUGUUGGUUAUAAUGUUUGCUGCAGCAUGUCCUCUUUUGGGCCAGAUUCUCUUCCCCAGGAUCACAUUAUGAACUUUGUUUUUGCUCUACAAACUGUUGGCUUUUGAUGCACUUUUUAGUACUUCCCCCACCUCCCCAGCCCCUCUCCUCUGCUGUAUAGCAUUUAAAUGUAAGCACUGGUCCAUUGGGUUUCUACUCUUACAGUUACUGUAAUAAACUGAGUGGGAACUAAUAGCCUCAGUCGCAUGGCUGUGCUUAGAAGAUUAAAAAAAAAAAGUCAGAUUGUCUGGUCAGACUGUAGUCACUUUUAUAUGGGGGAAGAGACCUUAACUUUUAUUUAUUAAUAUGCAAAUAUACUGUACAUACAGUUGAAUAAAUUGAUCUUAUAUCAUUCUAGAGUUUCUUUGGAGGAUAAAGAUAUAGCUGAUACAUAAGUGUACAGGUUAUGUGCUAAAUGUUUGCUAUAACAUAACUUAGGCAGAUUGGGACUCCACAAGAAUAGGUUUUAGUACUUGUAGAUGACUUUGUGCAAUCAAAAUCACGAAAAGAAGAUAUAAUUGGGAAGAGAUCUACAGAGGUGCACUACAGGGGGGUACUGGAUGUGUUUUAUUCUACAAAGCAUUCUGUAAACUAAGUUUUUUCAAGUCACAACAAAAACGCUUUAUUUAAUUGCCCUGAUCGGUAUUCACUUUGCUAUUUAACCAUUUUAAAGCAACCGGUUUAAAAGAAGCAGCUUUCCCCAAGAAAGGUUCAAAAACGAUGACUUUAAAUAAACGUAUUACCGAGUCAAAGCAAUUCUUUUAAUUCUGUAACGCUCUAAUAAGUACCAAGCUCUCCUGACCAGCAUGCAGUUGAGUUAGCAGGGCUGCUGACCGUUUCAGCGUUCCACACCAGGAUGCAGCCUUUCAGCAGUAUGGGAUAUCUGCGUGGUAUCUUCUAGAUGCGGUCUCAUCAGGGGCCUCCUGGUACGGAGAGGUUGGCUAAGGAAGCAGCCUUGUAAGCGUAGUGCUGCCUCCAAGGAGGGGCAGCCAGACUAUGUUUAGGGGGAAAGAAAAGAAAUCUCCAUUCCUUUGUUUUUGAACAACAAGACCUUCAGAUCUUUUUCUUUCACGAGUUUGACAUUAGAAAAGUAUAGCUGUUUUGCUGGGCUUUAAAAAUUCGAUAAAAUGCAAGUAAGGAAUUCUGUAGCUCGUCCCGCUAAGACAUUGUAAGCCACGUUUAGUGAAAGGCACCUUCAAAACCAGACAGAUGUGGGCGUCUCUGACUUAAUUCUGGCAUGAAUGAUUCUCCCAUGGCACUGCUAUGAGCAGUCUCUUGUGUGUUUUGUAUUCACGAUUUUCAAACAUUGUGCAUACAACUGGCAAUGAUGACAUGGACAGAUCUGUAGUCCCCUGUCCUCAAAACACUUACUGAUAGAGAGGAGGUGAUUUUACAAAGAUCUGAUAAGUCUUUUGUGUACAGUCGCAUGCAGUUCAUAAGAAAUACUUUCUUUUCCUGCAAGCAUCCUCGGUAUGCUCUGUUCCUGUCUAAUAAGGAGGUACUAAAACAAAAACCACACUCCAUGAUUAAGAUUAAUUCUAGCCACUAGGUAGUGAUGAUCUUAGUCUUGUCAACUAGAAUUGCAAUGGAAUAGAGGACAUAUCAUUCCAGACCACAAGAAAGUUCUUAAUUGUUACUGAAUGAAGAGGUAUGUCUGUGAAAGAUUAAACAAUUCCUUAUUAAGAUUUUUUUCAGAUUUGUACUUUGGCUAAAAUGCAGCAGUAACAAUAAUUGUACAUACUGAACAAAUACAGAAAUCAGAGUAAUGUAAGGUAGCAUAUUUGCAAUCAUAGAUGCCUAAAACAGUGAUUGAUUAAGUUGGAGGAGCUAACUCUUAGCCCCCCUGAAAUGUGGACUGGAAAAAUAAUGACAUUUGAUUUAUACAUUGUUACCUUUUUCUUUGUUAAAUUUUGUACUAGAACUCAUUUCGAUGAAUUAAUAUGGAAGUCCUAUGGUAGCAAAAAGAAAAAAAAAAAAAAAAAAAAAACAGAAAAAAACCCGACAUGAGGCUGAAGUAGAGCAGUUGGUCAGCAGGGAGGUGGCAGGUGGAGGAUGCUCUUCCAGUGUGCGUACAGCGCUCGAGCAAUUGGCAGAAUACUCGACCAGAGGAGAUGACAGCCUCCGUCUGCGUGGCGCGUGGUAUUCUGUACUUCAUCACCAGGAUAUUUAUGGCAGGCCUGCAUUCGGAUUCCCUUAGGUAGGACAACUGCAACACCCUUUGGGUAAGUGAACCUCCCGUUGGAGAACCCGAAUUCAUUCCUCCUUUUAUUUUGGCACUGUCACUUUGCUCAUGCCUGUUCUGUGUACCUGAAGUGCUGGGGCAGCGUUGCCGCUGUGGUGAGUUCUGGUAUGGCUGCAGCAGCAAGCAGGGGAUGAAUGGUGAACUGGUUAUUAGUCCCUGACUGGAUACCUGAAGCAGGAGAGGCAGGAAAGAGGAACAUUUCUUCGACCAUCCUUCUGGUUGGGUAAUCAAAUGGGUUCUGGGAGUUUAAGCUUGAUGCAAUCUUUUUCUUUCCAGUUAGGGAAUGUGGUGGCUUAAACCUGCCCUUGGAGAGAGGAGAUUCUGUCAGAACAUUUCUUCUUAAUUUAGCUCUUGCUAAAUUACUUGUGUUUGUAAUUCAUCUCUCUCACUUUUUUUUUUUUUUUCCUUAGGAAAAAUUUGUGCGUAUAUGUGUGAAAACCAAAACAGUAGUGCAGAUUUUUUUUUUAAUGUGUCUGUGAUUCAGGCCAUAAUAAAUCAGAUUGGUCUCUCACACAGGUGCUUUUGCAGACACUGAGGCACAUUUGAUUAACACGUAGGUUCUAAUUACAGAAAUACUGCAGCUCUGACUAUUUUGGCCAUACCCCGUUACAGCCGUUGAUACAUACAGAAAGCACUGGUUAAACCCUUUUCUACUCUUCAUAUCUCCAUGCUUCCUCUCGUAAAAGUUACCUAUGACAUGUAUAUGUCAUCAUACGCAGUUAUUUCCCCUCUCUAAGUCAAAAAGAGAGGGAAAAUACUAAUGAGGAAAAAUUGCCCAGAAUCUGGCAGUCUGCUUGAAACAAGAUUCAUGGCUGUACGUUUAUGGGAGAGAAUUCAGUCAGAUCUUCAUUUCUGUGAUUUAAAGGGAUAAGCUGCCACAGCGAUAAUAUCACAGGAAUACUGAUCUUAAAGUCUGGAGAAAAUAAGCAAUUGCUUUUUGUUACACAGAGCGCACCACAGGUACCUGGGGGCUGACUUCUGUGGUGGCUCCGGCGUGCACGGGAGUCGGGAUUACAAUGAGAACUCCUCUCUGCUCCCCACUCUCCAAAAGGUUUCCAACCCUUGUUAGCUGGUUAAUGUCACGCUUCUAGCACUUCAGUGACGUGGGUAUAAAUCCUGGGAGUUCCGUGUGGACUCCUGUGCGCAUCUGUCUUUGUUCAUUAAAAUGUCACUUUCUUAGUCAACCACGUGAAACCCUAAUAAUGUCAGCUGUGGAAAGGUGGUGGUAGGGAUGGAGUAUGCGUGUGUUUUCUGAGCCCUUUAUUGCAUGUUUGAACACACAUGCAUUGUCCUGACUCUGCCGAAUCUUUAUAACAAUGUCUGUUCUUUGCAGGACUCCUAUUCGGAAUGGCAUUAAAAAAUAUUUUAUACAGUUGUAUCAAGAAGUAACUUUUUUAUUACUCUUCCCAAUUCGCUGCAGUCUCUACUCAGCAUAGCUCUAAGUGUUUUAUUAACAUCCUGCUGUUUAUAACAGGCAGCAACUAAUACAUUUUCAUUGUGAACUCUCCUCCUAUUGCCUAUAUUUACUAAUUAAUUUUUCUCUUGCUGUACAGCACUUUGGGGCUUAUGCCUUGUGAACACUGAUAAUUAAAUGUGCUGCUACUUUUAAAGGGAAAAGAAGGGAAGAGGUUAAUGAUGUUCUGUAAUGUCUAAUUGAUUACAAAACUGAAGUUCCCCUGCAGUAAAUUUUUUUUCAGAUGGAAAUCUGUACUGUUAAUGCUUUCUGACUUAAUGGUUAUGUUGGUGAACAUAUACAGCAGUACGUGGAAUGUACAAAUGUAUAAAUAUGUUGAUUUUUAAUAAAAAAAUCUUUUAAUUA